CAUAUAUGGGCCGAAUGCACAGGCAAAGUCAGUGACAGUGAGUGACCAGCGAUGAAGAUGAAGAGAUGCAGUAGCAUCCUGCUGAUGCUUUUACUGGGGACAGCCCUCCUCGUCGCCGGCCACCCCUCCGUCGCCGACGACGUGGGCGGCAUUCUCCUGCCAAGCCAAGACAAAGACCAGGAGGUGGUCAUGGCGGCGGCCAGGCCGUGGAAGUGCUGCGACGUGACCGUCUGCACCAGGUCGAUCCCGCCGACGUGCAGCUGCCAGGACGUGGUGGACAACUGCGCUCCAACCUGCGAGGACUGCAAUGGUUAUGUGCACCCACCCCGCCGCGUUUGCAAAGACAAGUACACCGGCGACCCAGGGCCUAGGUGUACGGACACCGGCGGUAACUGAACUCUACGUACUACUCUGCGCGCACCGGUUGGAUCUACCGCUACUAUGAUAACGUACGCCGUCGACGUGUGUUCCUACAUGAAUGGCUACUAAUACUGUUUGUGUCUGGUCCUGCAUGCCUAUCUGCUUGCUGCCUGUGUGUAAUGAAAACGGGUGGCCUUUCAUUCAUCAAAAAAAUAAAACGGGUGGCGUCAGGCUACGUACGAUGGA